AUGGGCUGAGGAGGAGGCGGCGGCGGCGGCGAGUGGGACGGGGGGUGGGUUUCGGAGUGUGUGUGUUUAUGUGGGGGGCUAGGAGCAUAGGAGGUUCCUUGAUUCUUUCUUAGUUAACGAUGGCAAAGCCACAAAGCAAAGAUCCUGGCCUAAAGGAGAAGUUCAAGAAUCUCUUAGGACUUGGGAAUUCCAAAUCUAAUUCCAAGUCAUCGGAAGGAAAGCAAACGGAAUUUGUUAUCACAGCAGAAAUACUCAAGGAACUGAGCAUAGAAUCUGGCUUGAACAAUCGGAUAAGAGCAAUCGGUCAAAUCUGCAAGGUAGCAAAAACUAGAAAGUUUGAAGAUCAUGCAGUGGAAGCCAUCUGGAAAGUGGUUGAUGAUAUGCUGCAGCCCGACCGACCAGCUGAAGCCAGGCAUGCUGUGCUCCACCUCCUGAAGGCAAUUAUUCAAGGGCAGGGCGAGGGGCUUGGUAUCCUCCGAGCUCACUUUUUCAAAGUGAUUAAAGAUUAUCCUUCUAAUGAAGACAUGCACGAACGGCUUGAAGUGUUCAAGGCUCUUACGGAUAACGGAAAAUGCGUAACGUAUUUGGAAGAAAAUUUGGCUGAAUUUGUCCUUCAGUGGAUGGAUAUUGGUUUGGAUUCAGAGUUCCUGCUGGUGCUGGUCAACCUAGUCAAGUUCAAUAGCUGCUACUUGGAUGAAUAUAUCGCUGACAUGGUCAACAUGAUUUGUCUCUUGUGCAUUCAGACAUCUUCCGCAGUUGACAUUGAGGUUUCCCUGCAGGUCCUUGACGCCGUGGUAUGCUACAACUGCUUGCCUUCGGAAACCCUCCCAGUCUUCAUAAUCACCUUGUGCCGGACGAUCAACGUGAAGGAACUCUGUGAGCCUUGCUGGAAGCUCAUGCGCAAUCUGUUAGGAACUCACUUGGGGCACAGUGCCAUUUACAACAUGUGCCGGAUCAUGGAGGACAGGACCUACAUGGUAGAUGCCGCACUGCUGAGAGGGGCUGUGUUUUUCGUGGGCAUGGCUUUGUGGGGAGCGCACAGGCUGCAGUCACUCAGGAAUUCGCCAACUUCAGUACUGCCCUCCUUUCUGAAGGCCAUGACGAGUCCGAAUACCAUUGUGUCUUAUGAAAUAGUCCUUUCCAUCACAAGGCUGAUCAAAAAAUAUGGGAAGGACCUCCAGGCAGUCACUUGGGACAUCCUCCUGAAUAUCAUCGAGCGGCUGCUUGAGCAGCUGCAGACCUUGGAGAGCCCGGAGCUGAAAUCCAUUGUCCAUGACUUGCUGACCACGGUGGAGGAGCUAUGUGACCAGAAUGACUUCCAUGGCUCUAAGAAACGUUACUUUGAGCUUGUGGAGAAAUGUGCAAGUCAGAGACCUGAAUCUUCUGUUCUGAACCUGAUCACCUAUCGAGCUCAGUCCAUCCACCCCGCGAAGGACAGCUGGAUCCAGAAGCUGCAGGGGCUGAUGGAGAGGUUCUUCAGGAAUGAGACACGGAGUGCUAUUCGCAUCAAAGUUCUGCAUGUUCUCUCUUUCGUCUUGAGCGUCAAUAGGCAGAUUUAUGAGGAGGAGUUGAUUAACCUGGUGGUCCUCUCCCAGCUGGCCCACAUCCAAGAAGACAAAGACCACCAAGUCCGCAAACUGGCCACCCAGCUGCUGGUGGACCUGGCAGAAGGCUGCACCUCCCACCACUUCAACAGCUUGUUGGAUAUCAUAGAGAAGGUUGCUUCCCAUUCCCUGCUGCCUCCCACUGAACUAGAGGAAAGAGACUUGCUGUCUUACUCUGCUUCUUUAGAAGAUGUGAAGACAGCAGUCCUGGGCCUUCUGGUCAUUUUCCAGACAAAACUCUACAGUUUCCCCCCCAGCCACGCCACCCGCGUCUAUGAGAUGUUGAUCCUCCACAUUCAGCUCCACUAUAAACACAGAUACAGCCUCCCAGUCGCCAGCAGCAUCCGGCUGCAGGUAUUUGACUUCUUGCUCUCACUUCGGGCUGACUCUCUCCACCGACUGGGCCUGGCUACCAAAGAAGGGCUCAUGAAAUUCAGCCCCUACUGCCUCUGCGAUUUUUUGGAACCAGAGAAGAAACCUGCCGGCACCCUCUCCCCUCCCUCGGGAAGCCCCAGUGUGCCUCCCCAGAGCACGGGCAUUCGUAUGGGCCACUUACCGUACUCCGUUUUCUUUGGAGUCCUCCUCCAGUGCUUGAAGCAAGAGACAGACUGGAAGGUGCUGAAGCUGGUUCUGAACAAGUUACCGGAGUCUCUGCAGUACAAAGUGCUUUACUUAACAUCCCCUUGCAACAUUGACCAGCUGUCUUCUGCCCUCUGCUCUAUGCUUACAGACAAAAAGAUGACCGAGCGCCUGCGGGGCACCCCGGAAACUUUCUCCCAUAAAGAUUUGCAUUUGGCUGUGGUUCCAGUGCUGACUACUUUGAUCUUUUACCAUAAUCACCUGGACAAAAGCAAGCAGCGGGAGAUGGUGUAUUGCCUGGAGCAUGGCUUGAUCUAUCGCUGCGCCAACCAGUGUGUCGUGGCUCUCUCCAUCUGCAGCGUUGAGAUGCCAGAUAUCAUCAUCAAGGCCCUGCCUGUCCUGAUAGUCAAGCUGACACAUAUUUCAGCUACGGCCAACAUGGCCAUCCCCCUCCUGGAAUUCCUUUCAACAUUGGCCCGUCUGCCUGCCCUCUACAGGAAUUUUGCAGCUGAACAGUACGCCAGCGUCUUUGCCAUCUCCUUGCCCUACACAAACCCCUCCAAGUUUAACCAGUACAUUGUAUGCCUGGCGCAUCACGUCAUAGCCAUGUGGUUUAUCAAGUGCCGCCUUCCCUUUCGGAAAGACUUUGUCCCCUUUAUUACCAAGGGUUUGCGAUCAAAUGUCCUCCUCUCCUUUGAUGACACACCAGAGAAAGACAGCUUCCGGGCUCGUAGCACCAGCUUGAAUGAGAGACCGAAGAGUAGCUUUAAGAUAGCCAAAAAUGCCAGGCAAAGCUUGAAUAAUUCUCCUCCAGUGAAAGAGCUGAAAGAACCCUCUGGUGUCGAUGCCUUCCGGUCCCGCAGCAUCAGUGUGUCUGACCAUGCAGCCCACAGCCGGCUGCAGACCUCCAUCACCAGUUCCAGCCUGGGAUCUGCUGACGAGAACUCUAUGGCUCAAGCGGACGACAGCCUGAAAAAUCUCCACUUGGAGCUGACGGAGACCUGUCUCGACAUGAUGGCUCGAUACGUCUUCUCAAACUUCACAGCUGUGCCCAAAAGGUCUCCGGUGGGAGAGUUUCUCCUCGCUGGAGGGAGGACCAAGACGUGGCUGGUGGGCAACAAGCUGGUGACAAUCACAACAAGCGUCGGGACGGGAACCAGGUCUCUCCUGGGCCUUGACUUGUCAGAGACACAGAACAGCACAGAGGCAAGCUCAGACCACACCUUGCAAGUGAGGCAGACCAAAGAAGCUCCAGCCAAGCUUGAGUCCCAGGCUGGCCCACAAGUGGUUCGAACCCGCAACCGUGUCAGGUCGAUGUCUGGUGGCCAUGCCUUGCGGGUUGGGGCAUUAGACACCUCCACCUCCCAUUUCCCAGCCACCCCGAUGCCCCAAGGAUUUCAGAGCUCUCCUGCUCCUACUGCUGCUCGAGCGGAAAAGGCUGUUCCUGGGCCUCUACAGAAGGAAAAGGCCAACUUGGCUGCGUACGUCCCCCUGCUAACACAAGGCUGGGCGGAGAUACUGGUGCGGAGACCCACAGGUAACACGAGCUGGCUGAUGAGCCUGGAGAACUCCCUGAGUCCGUUUUCCUCGGAUAUCAACAGCAUGCCCCUGCAGGAGCUCUCCAACGCUCUCAUGGCAGCCGAGCGCUUCAAGGAGCACCGCGACCCCACCCUGUACAAGUCCCUCUCGGUCCCUUCCUCCACCUUGCCAACGGGGACUGCCAAGCCGUACUUUCUGCAGCGCUCAAACACAGUGGCCUCUUUCUCUUCCAUGUACCUGACCAGUUCUCAAGAAAAGUUGCACAGGAGCAUUUCCUGGGCAGAAUCUGCCGUGGUUCUGGAAGAAGGAAGCCCACCGGAGACGGAUUUAAAAGAUGCAGAAUCUCGCCUGGAAUCUCAAGAGAUUGAAGACUUUGAAGCUGUGUGUCCGGAGCAAGGCCUAAGCGAGGAGAAGGUGGUCAAAUGCCCCGGGACGUAUAGUCGGUCCUCGUCGACAUCCAGCCAAGAAGAGAAAGUUCUGAAACCAGAUGAUUUGGCCCCCAUGGGCAUCCCCAUCGAAAGAGCCCGGAACUUGGAAGACAGCCGUGAGUUUGAGGCACUCUCUUUCCAGCCCUCCCAGCCCCUCAGCAAGUCCAGUUCCUCUCCGGAGCUUCAGACCCUCCAGGAAGUCCUCAAGGACACCGGCAGCGAAGAUCCGCCGGGGAAGCUGAGCAGUGACGGGAAGUCCAAGUCUCAGUCGGGACACUUGGAAGGGGAGGCAGCCGGGAGCUGGCUAGGCAGAGGGGAAGAUGACCGCCCCCUUGGGGCACCCAGGGUGGGAUGCAGUGCCCCUGUCUCUUCUCCGCGCUCUCCAACCGGCCACCGCCCCCGAGGGUACACGAUCUCUGAUUCAGCGCCCUCGAGGAGGGGCAAGAGGAUUGAGAGGGACCCCUUCAAGGGCUGCGCAACAGCUUCCAACGCGGAGAAAGUGCCAGGAAUCAACCCAAGCUUUGUGUUCCUGCAGUUGUAUCACUCUCCUUUCUUCGGUGAUGAAUCCAACAAGCCCCUCCUGUUGCCAAAUGAGACGUUUGAGAGAUCAGUUCAGCUGCUGGAUCAGAUCCCCCCCUAUGAUACCCACAAGAUUGCAGUACUAUAUGUUGGGGAAGGGCAGAGCAAUAACGAGCUCGCCAUCCUUUCCAACGAGCACGGCUCCUACAGGUACACAGAGUUCCUGACCGGCUUGGGAACGCUCAUUGAGCUGAAAGACUGCCAGCCAGACAAGAUUUACCUUGGUGGCUUGGAUGUGUGCGGGGAGGACGGGCUGUUUACCUACUGCUGGCACGAUGACAUCAUGCAAGCCAUUUUCCACAUUGCGACUUUGAUGCCCACCAAAGACCUGGACAAAUACCGCUGCGACAAGAAACGUCAUCUGGGGAACGACUUUGUGUCCAUCAUUUACAACAAUUCAGGGGAAGACUUCAAGCUGGGGACCAUCAAGGGCCAAUUCAACUUUGUGCACGUCAUCAUCAAGCCUCUCGAUUACAACUGUAACCUGCUCACUCUGCAGUGCAGGAAAGAUAUGGAAGGGCUUAUCGACACCAGUGUGAUGAAGAUCGUUUCCGAUAAAAACUUGGCUUUUGUCGCCCGCCAGAUGGCUCUGCACGCCAACAUGGCUUCUCAGGUCCAUCACAGCCGCUCCAACCCCACAGACACGUACCCGUCUAAGUGGAUUGCCCGCCUGCGGCACAUCAAGAGGCUCCGGCACAGGAUCAGAGAAGAGACUCAGUACCAGGCUUCUGGUUUCCCCAGCAUGCACCCUCCCGCCCCAGCCAAAGCGUCUGCCCACCUUCCUCAGGACCCGGCUCCCACCUACGAAACGGGACAGAGGAAGCGCCUCAUCUCCUCGGUGGACGACUUCACAGAGUUUGUGUAGCGUCGGAACGUGUCCUGUAUCAACUUGUCCGGUGGGCAAAGCCUUCUUGUUUCCCCCACCCAUCCAGCUGCUGCGGAGAGGAGAUUCCACGUUGGCGACACUUGGAGACGGGUUUCCCCGAUCCAGGACACACCACUGCCGCUCUGGUGGCUCAUGCUCCCUUUGAAAGCUGCUGGUCCACAGUCCUGUCAGGCUGCCAUUCUCCAGAGUGGAAGGUGGAGGUGUCUUGGAUUGCCAUUGCUGUUGUGCGUUUUUUAAACUAACACUUUGAGGAUGCGUUGCUAUGAGUGAAUGGAGGCAGAUCUAAGACACACAAGAUGCUCGUUGAAGGGAUGGAAGAAAAGGUGUCUCAGUAGCCUGACAUGAACUCCCCAGCAACGCCAUGAAUGUUCCUGGCUGGAUGAGUCCCAGGCCCCAGUGUGCAUGCGUUUUGCCUCCAGCUCAUGGUGAGGAGGCCUGGGGGUUAGUGACUUCGUUUUUCUUUUCCCAGAGGAUAAUGGCGGUGUGGAUUUUGCUGCUGGUGAGUGGUCUUUCCUGAACAGUUGUUCUUUGCAGCAGGUCAAGAUGCCAAACACUGAGCUUGUGCACAAACAAUUUGGCCAUGCCCAGAGUCAAGAGACACUUUGGGUUGGUUUCGCUCUAAUCUAUUCGCUGCAGAGUUGGGGAGGGAAGAGGAGCACGUUGGCCUUGAAAAAGGAGAUCCCUGGCUUUUCCAUUUUAAAUUGUCCCUUGCUGGAAGAAAUUUGACCUCUUCCUUUCCUUUGCUGGGACGAGCUUUUAUUGCCAUUGAGGCCGUGGGCUGUGUCGGCCUUUGCCAAACUGGCGCCCUCCAGUUGUUUUGGAUUGCAACUCCCUCUAGCCCCCCCAGCCAAAGUGUGCUGUGAGUUGUAGUCCAAAACAUCUCCAAGGCUUUCUGGUCAUUGCUUAGAGGAAGAGCAGCCUUCCCCAUCCUGGUGCCCUCUAGAUGUGACUGGGAGUACAGUUGGCAUGGGCACUGCGGUCGGGCUGAUGUUACAGUCCAGCGACACCUGGAAGAUGCCAGGUUGAGGAAGUCUGACCUGGGCGCCACUUGAUUUGCGGCGGUGCUGCAGUAGAAGAAGCAUGGGAGUUUGCCCUGUGGGAUGUUCUGCUGACUUUUGCUGCCAUCCUUCUGUGGUCGCUGGCGCUCCCUUCAGGACUGCAGGCGGGCUUUCACAGGACUAAACCCAAGGGCCAGCAAUGAUGUGAAGGUUUGAUUUGUAGCUAGUCUUCCUUGGAAAUAGCAAAUGGUACAGAAGGUAAAGCCUUCCUUUACUGGAAUUUUAAAAGGGGGGUCACCUAAAGAUGACUGGAUGUCACUUUCCUUUGUAUCCAUCUUGUUUGGCAAAUGUCUUACAACACACUUAAUGAAAUAAAGUGUUUCUUUGACAACCAGA